UUAGACCUUUCCUUUAUGACUUCGAUGCAUUUAGUAAUCUAACUCAGACGAGAAAGCUGAGCAGAAAACCAAAGGGGAGCUGGGAGAGUGUUACGUGGCUCAGCUUUGUUCCUCUCCCUUCCCACCCCAAGUGGUUUGGGUUGGGCUGGUCCCGGGUCAGGAGGCGCGGGGGCGGAAGCCGCGAGGGCCCCUGUGGCUGUCAGAGGCUGAGUGAGGAGACGGAUCCGAAACCCUAGCAAGCCGGCCAUGGAGAGUCACCGCUGGCUGCCUCUGGAGGCCAAUCCCGAGGUCACCAACCAGUUUCUCAAACAAUUAGGUCUGCACCCCAACUGGCAGUUUGUUGAUGUAUAUGGUAUGGAACCUGAACUCCUUAGCAUGGUGCCACGGCCAGUCUGUGCGGUAUUGCUUCUUUUUCCAAUUACAGAAAAGUAUGAAGUAUUCAGAAUAGAAGAGGAAGAAAAAAUAAAAUCAGAAGGACAAGACGUCACAGAAUCAGUAUAUUUCAUGAAGCAAACCAUCAGUAAUGCUUGUGGAACAAUUGGACUGAUCCAUGCCAUUGCUAACAACAAAGACAAAAUGAAUUUUGAAUCUGGAUCAACAUUGAAAAAAUUCUUGGAAGAUUCCCUAAGUAUGAGUCCUGAAGAAAGAGCCAGAUACCUAGAAAAAUAUGAAGCUAUUCGAGUUACUCAUGAAUCGAGUGCCCAUGAAGGUCAGACAGAGGGGGCAGAACUGGGACCGAAGAGUGGAAGUUACUGGGAGGCAAAUUUCAGCUCCUUAGAAAACGUUCUUCAACAGUUAAAACCAACUGAAAGUCAUAUGGAUUGCCAUGUUGAGUCGUCCUCGCCAUCCUCAUCACAGCCUCAUUCUAGCCACUGCAGAACGAAGGCCUCACCAUUGUGUCACCAUGCAUCCCUGCCCUGGGUCAAACGUAACCAUGUAGGUCCUGCAAAGGCUACCAGUCCAUCUCUCCGUCUUCGUCGCUGGCGGCCCUUCUUACGCCUGCCGUCUGUGGGGCUUCAUUCUGUUGCACCAAGUAUAGAUGAAAAAGUAGAUCUACAUUUUAUUGCAUUAGUUCAUGUAGAUGGGCAUCUCUAUGAAUUAGAUGGGCGCAAGCCAUUUCCAAUUAACCAUGGAAAAACUAGUGAUGAUACUUUAUUAGAGGAUGCCAUAGAAGUUUGCAAGAAGUUCAUGGAACGUGACCCAGAAGAAUUAAGAUUUAAUGCUAUUGCUCUUUCUGCAGUGUAGCUUGUGCAUAAUGACAACACCAGUACUAUAUAAUUUGUAACAAAAAUAAAAUUCCUAGUGGCUUACAUCAAUAACCAGAAAUUUUGAUAUUUUCCUUGAUAUUCACCAAUAAUAGUUUAUGUGGAUUAAACUUUGAAUUAAUCUGUA